AUGUCCGACGCAAUCCAGGAGCGCCUCAAGAAGCUCGGCCAGGGAGCCCGCAUUGGUGAUGGCAAGGGCACGCCCCGGAGAAAGGUCAAGCGCGCUCCCGCUCGGUCCGGCGCUGACGACAAGAAGCUCCAGCAGACGCUGAAGAAGCUCAACACCCAGCCUAUCCAGGCCAUCGAGGAGGUCAACAUGUUCAAGUCAGACGGCAACGUCAUCCACUUUGCUGCCCCCAAGGUCCACGCCGCUGUUCCCUCCAACACUUUCGCCAUCUACGGAAAUGGCGAGGACAAGGAGCUUACCGAGCUCGUCCCCGGUAUCCUGAACCAGCUUGGCCCCGACUCGCUCGCCUCGCUCCGCAAGCUUGCCGAGAGCUACCAGAACAUGCAGAAGGGUGAGAAGGGCGAGGACGACGACGAGAUCCCCGACCUGGUCGAGGGCGAGAACUUUGAGAGCAAGGUUGAGUAA